AAAAAUACAAAAAAUAGAAGACAAUUCAGUCUAGAAAUAAUCAAUCCCAAAUCAUAAACACCAAAACCCAAUAAACCCCAACAAACCCCUCUUUCUGAUAAACAACAAAAAUGACAUCCAUGGCCAAACCAAUCCUCACUUCAAUCCCCCAUUCCCCACCACCUCUUCUUCAUUUCAACACAACCCAAAAGCCACAGUCUUUCAAUCUUUCUAAAAAUAGAAACUUUUUAGUACUAAGAGCAAGUAGCUAUGAAGUGGGUGGUGGGUAUACUCAACAAGAAUUAGAAGCAAGAGAAAUUGGAAGAAAUGGAAAUCAAGAAACAAGUGGGAAUGAUGAUGGUGAUGAAAGAAGUAGUUGGAGUCCUGAACAGUAUGAAGCUUUGCUUAGAGGAGGUGAACAGGUUACUUCUGUUCUUCAAGAAAUGGCCAAUCUUUUGGAAGAUGAUCAAAUGGACGAAGAAUCCGAGGAGUUGGCAGUCUUGUUGGCUGCACAAGGGGUGAUCGGGAAACGGGUUGAUCAGAUGGAGUCAGGCUUUAUGAUGGCCCUAGAUUACAUGAUUCAAAUUGCUGAAAAGGACCAUGAUGAUAAGCGGAAGUCGUUAUUGGAGGUAAUCAAGGAAACGGUAUUAUCCCAUCUAACCAAAAAAUGCCCCCCACAUGUUCAAGUUGUUGGGUUACUUUGCAGAACCCCCCAGAAAGAAAGUAGACAUGAAUUACUUAGGAGAGUGGCGGCUGGUGGUGGUGCAUUUGAAAGUGAGAAUGGUGCAAAAGUUCAUCUUCCAGGAGCGAAUCUUAAUGACAUAGCUAACCAGGCAGAUGACUUAUUGGAGACGAUGGAAAGUCGUCCUGUUGUUCCUGACAGAAAGCUGCUGGCAAGGCUUGUUUUGAUCAGAGAAGAAGCUCGAAGUAUGAUGGGAGGUGGAAUACUAGAUGAAAGAAACAGCCGUGGUUUAAAUACAUUACCUAGAUCCGAGGUCAACUUCUUGACGAAACUUGUUGCCCAGAAACCCGGUAAACCGGUGCGUGACAUGAUAAAAAAUGUAAUGCUAGGCUAUGAUGAAGGUGCUGACAAAAUUGAUGAGGAAGAUGGUAAAAGGAGAGGAAAGGUUUCAAAUGGAAUUGCAGGAAGGGGUAGCGUUUCGGGCUCAAAACCGAAUCCCGUGCGACCUGGCAUGUUUUUAGAAACAGUCUCUAAGGUGCUAGGUGGUAUAUAUGAUGGAAAUAUCUCAGGCAUCACUGCACAACAUCUUGAAUGGGUUCAUCAUAAUACACUUCAAAUUCUUCAAGAGAUAGCAUUUUAAGAUACUUUGGCAGCAUGCAACAUAUUAUGCACAAGCAUGUUUCAAGAGCACUAUAUCACUAUCUGAUCAACCAAGACAAGGUACAAAUCAUCCAGAGAUGAUAACAUCAAGUUCGGUCAUGGUGAAGUUAUAAUAUUGUGUGGUAUAUAUCACUAAUCACUAAUCAGUAAUGAAAUGUGCAUUGCUAUACUAAGCAGCUUAGGUGACUAGUUGAAAAUGUUCCACUAGACAUUGUUGGCAACUUCUUUCAGUUUUGUGCUACCUCACUGGGCUCUGUUGCAUGCAUCCAACAUGGCUUAUUGGGGCUAACAGAUGAAGCAAAUGCUCGUAUUGGAAGGAGUGAAUCUAGUGCGUAUGCGAGAAAUCAUCAACAAAUAGUCGAUCAAUUGCACUAUAUUUGGAUGAUGAGAUGCUACAAAACGUUACGCCUUUGAUAAAGUGAAACAAAUUGGCUGGGGGUUUCAGCCAUAUGAUAUCUGGACUUCUGUGGUGUAUAUUAUAGUAUUAUUAUACACUGCAAUAGAAGAUAUUCUUAAUGCUUAAAUCUACACAAAUAUCACAUUGUGGUGCCAUUUUCAAAGUCUAAUUUGUAACUUUGUUUUAUGAUACUAUUGACCUGAUUAGUGUCUGAGUUUAUGUAA